GAAUGACAGCGCUCUGUCGCAAUAGGAAAGUUUGCUCGUGCGGUCGACGUAUAUAAGAAAAAUUCGCCGUCCUUUCUUUCUUUGUAAUAAUGUCUGCUGACAACGACAAUAGAGACAAUGGCCCAGAAGGCAUGGAGCCAGAUGGCGUCAUUGAAAGCAACUGGAAUGAUAUUGUGGACAGUUUUGAUGACAUGAACCUGCGCGAGGAUUUGCUCCGUGGAAUUUACGCCUACGGUUUUGAAAAGCCUUCUGCUAUCCAACAGAGAGCCAUUCUUCCUUGUAUCAAGGGUCAUGAUGUGAUUGCUCAGGCCCAGUCCGGCACCGGCAAGACCGCCACCUUCGCCAUUUCCAUCCUGCAGCAGAUUGACGUGGGGCUGAAAGGCACCCAGGCUUUGGUCUUGGCCCCCACCAGGGAGCUGGCUCAACAGAUCCAGAAGGUGGUGCUGUCUCUGGGCGACUACAUGGGCGCCGGUUGCCACGCCUGCAUCGGCGGGACCAGCAUCCGCUCGGACGUCCAGAAGCUCCAGGCGGAGUCCCCGCACAUCGUGGUGGGGACCCCCGGCCGUGUCUUCGACAUGUUGAGCCGCAAGAACAUCUCUGCUAAGUACAUCAAAAUGUUUGUGCUGGAUGAAGCCGAUGAGAUGUUGAGCCGAGGCUUCAAGGACCAGAUCUACGAGAUCUUCCAGAAACUGCUUGGCAGCACGCAGGUUGUCCUGCUGUCGGCCACAAUGCCAACCGACGUGUUGGAGGUCACCUCGAAGUUCAUGCGCGAUCCCAUCCGCAUCCUCGUCAAGAGAGAAGAGCUGACCCUGGAGGGUAUCCGCCAGUUCUACGUUAACGUGGAGAAAGAGGAGUGGAAACUGGACACGCUGUGCGACCUGUACGAGACCCUGACCAUCACCCAGGCCGUCAUCUUCAUCAACACCAGGAGAAAAGUGGACUGGCUCACAGAGAAGAUGCAGUCGAGAGACUUCACCGUUUCAGCUAUGCACGGCGAAAUGGACCAGAAAGAGCGCGACUUGAUCAUGAGGGAGUUCCGUUCCGGCUCCAGUCGAGUCCUCAUCACCACUGACCUGCUGGCUCGCGGCAUCGACGUGCAGCAGGUCUCCCUCGUCAUCAACUACGACCUCCCCACCAACAGGGAAAACUACAUCCACAGGAUUGGCCGCGGCGGUCGUUUUGGCAGAAAGGGCGUCGCCAUCAACAUGGUGACCGACGACGACAAGCGCAUCCUGCGGGACAUCGAGACCUUCUACAACACCACCAUCGAGGAGAUGCCCAUGAAUGUGGCGGAUCUUUUCUAAACGCACACAAAAACAAAACACCAGCAAAAGGUCCUCCACUUUGAAAAAGAAUCGAGGCACAAAUCCAGCUUUUUGUCCUCCGAGUCCAAAUUCCCAACCUCGGCCGGUUCCCAGUUAGGAAGGAAUCCUUUGCAGCCACGAUUGCUUCCCAAAUCACUUUUUGGCUUGUCCCCCAUCUUAACACUGCUCAACCACGUCGUCUCGCUGAAAUUGAAGAAUUUUGAUGUGGACUUUUCCAUGAUCUUUCCCUCUUGUACUGUUUUUUUUUUUUUUUUUUUUUUAAAUAACCUGGAUUUCUCUUCCCCCCCCCCCCCCAGCCCACAAUCAAAAAGCACAAACAUUCUGACAGUGCCCCCCCCCCCCCCCCCCAAAAAAAAAAAUGACUAAACUGUUAACAUUUAAGCAGCCUCCACAAGGUUUCCUCUGGAAACGUUUGGUGUGAAUGUCGAUAGUGACGCAGGGGUCGGGGUCAACUCUUGACCGCAACAACCUCCCAAGGUCGCUUAACGCCAUCUUGAAACUUUCAUCCCGGCUUAGCGUUACACAGGGCAUGUUCAAUAAAAAGACCUGUACAGUAAAAUCAA